AUGGGCUCACUUGCACCAGCUUCGUGGGAGCUCAAGGCCGAUAAAUUGAGGAAGAUCCUCAAAGACUCUCUCAAUCCGAAAUGGCUCUUGGCCCCAGAAGACCUGCCUCCCUCAAGCCAGCUGAACAUCUCCAAGUUCAUCGACACAUGCAAGCUGCUGACCCCACAGGAGCAGGAGAUCACAGCAUGUAGCGGCACUGAGCUAGUAAGCCGGAUGGCCGCUGGCAAGCUUACCGCCGUUGAGACAGUUACAGCGUUUCUCAAGCGCGCUCAUGUGGCUCAUCAACUGACCAACUUUGCGACCGAGUUCUUGGUCGAUGACGCGUUAGCUGCUGCUGCAAAUCUCGAUGCCACGUUCCAGGUGACUGGGAAGAUCGUUGGACCGCUGCACGGUCUGCCGAUUUCAAUUAAGGAGCAUAUUGGACUCAAAGGGAAGAUUGUGCAUUCAGCCUACGUGGCUUGGGCGGACAACGUUGCCCAAGAAGACGCUCUAGUUCUUCGGCUAGCUGCGAAGGCGGGAGCUGUCUUCCAUGUCCGCACCAAUGUCCCACAAAGUUGCAUGCACCUCGACUGUAGCAAUCCCAUUUACGGCACAACAGUCAACCCUUACAAUCGCAAUCUCACGUCGGGCGGCUCCAGUGGCGGCGAAGGAGCGUGCCUCGGACUCCGUGGCUCUGUCUUGGGACUCGGCACUGAUAUCGGGGGUUCUGUUCGUGGACCGGCGGCCUUUUGCGGCUGCUAUGGCCUUCGUACAACGGCUCUGCGCAAUCCCUACAAGGGCAUUUGCCUGCCGGGCUUAGGCCAAGAGAGCAUCAAGUGUAUCCUGGGCCCCUUGGCGAACAGUAUCUCAGAUAUUCAGCUCUUUGAAGAUGUUGUACUUAACCAAGAGCCAUGGGACGAAGAAACCUCUCUGGUUCCUCUGCCUUGGAAAAAGAUGAAUCCAUACCAGCCAGGCCAAUUCACUAUUGGAGUUAUUUGGGACGAUGGAAUGGUUCAUCCUCAUCCGCCAGUCAUCCGUGGCCUCAAGAACGCUGUUGACAAGCUUAAGGCAGCUGGGGUGAAGGUCGUGGACUUUGAGCCGUACAAACACAGCGAAGGGGCCGAGAUAAUUGAGCUUCUUUAUUUCCCAGAUGCGGCCGAGACACAGAAGGAAGUCCUUGCAGAAGGGGGCGAGCCGGUAGCACCAUUGACGGAGUGGGCAUUCCACUACUCAAAGCCGGAGCCGCUCACCAUCAGAGAGAAUUGGGAACUGAACUUACGAAGAGAAGCUUUCCGUGAAGAGUACCAUAAGGUGAUGAAAGAUCGCGGCAUCGAUUUCAUCCUCUGCCCCGCCUAUGUCGGCGUUGCCGCAAAGUGCGGCACUCCUCAAUACUGGCAUUACACGACUAUCUGGAAUAUUCUGGAUCAGCCAAGUAUCACUUUCCCAACUGGGCUUCAUGUCGAUCCCACGGUUGACGUGGUUGAUGCCGACUACAAGCCUCGCUCAGCAACCGAUGAGAGGGAGUACAAGAAAUAUAUCCCCGAAGCAUUUGUAGAUGCUCCGAUUGCUCUGCAGCUCGCUGCCAAAUUGCGAACGAAGACCGGUUGCUCUACUUGUAAGAAGAGAAGAGUGAAAUGCGGCGAGGAGAAGCCAGUAUGUCGCGCCUGCGUUGCUUCAGGACGCGGUUGCACGUGGCCGUCUUCCGACGACAUGUACGAUAGACGUCAUCGAUGUCGUCGAUCUUUCUCUGAUGAUAGAACCUUACCUUCGCCGUCUUCUUGGAGCGAGGAAUCCAUCAUCUCUCUGGAGUUGAGAGAGCUGCCGGACCUUGAACAAGAAUUGACCCACCACUACCUCAACGUAUUUCUCUCGGUGCUCUUACUCACCACAGUGAGGGAAAGAGACCUGGAGGGCUAUGGGUCACAGGUGAUGAGCAUGAUGCUUCGCUCAGAAAGCGUAAAGUGCGCUGUCCUUGCUGCGUGUGCUUCUAAUAAGUACAUGCUCUUGAGGGCGAGAAGGUAUCAUGAUGCGGCACUCGGGUACUACUUCCGCGCCGUGGAACUGGUCAACCGUGCUCUUCAUGACUUGGGUGCAUCCACCAAGGGGCCGGGCGAUCCCCUUUUGACCACCGUUGUGUAUCUUUACUUGUACGAUAUGUGGGGGCCGCCCGACGAGACGUUAGACGCGAGGAAGCAUGUCGACGGCGCUAUGAACCUGCUGAAGCUCAGAUACGAAGACACUUAUUCACCCAUGUCAAUGUCGAGGCCUCUACAUCGAAUCAAUACCGAGAGUGUGCUUUAUCAGGCAUUUCUGCUUGCAAUGCGAAAGCCAUUCGCGCCAAACUUUCAUGUGGAUGAACAAUUCCUUGAUCGAUCCGAACAUGUUCUUAAAGCAAGAAAACUCUUCGACAUAUUAUCCGAAGGUGAUAGCCCCGUACUGGGCUUACCACUGCCGCUAUAUCGUCUCAUAACGGACCUCAUCGACGUCCUCAACUCACCCAAGCAUCCGACUGAAGCGUUCCUGAUUCGGAUGAGAGAGGAGAUGGAAACAUGGGAAGGCCUCGUGCUGGUAGAAGAUGGAGAAGCCAGCUGCCAUUCGUCUAUGACGAGCUUUCAUAAAGACGCUGUUACUCUUUUCGUUUUGGGCGCUUCACUGCUUCUAGAUUACAUCGCAGAGUUUUCAUUCGCCAACCACACGUCAUCGCCUCAGGUCCCAAGAACUACAAAGGACAGCUUGAACCCUUUACAUCAAACACGAAGUGCACCAAGGUGGCAAGUGCAGCGUGCUUUCGAGAUUCUUCGUCGGCCAGCAGCCUAUGAAACGUGGACGCGGUGCUUCUUGGGUGCUUGGCCGAUGUUGAUACUUGGGUACUCCGUUACCUCGUCUGGGGAUAUCUCGUUGAUCCGGCGUGUUCUGACGCAAAUGAUAGAGCGUAUGGGGUAUGGAGAAAUUCAAAGGAUUCUCGAUGAUCUGGAAGGAGUCUGGACUAAGCGCGCUGAGGAGAUUCAGAGAGAGUCUGUGGUGAUGAGUGCUAUUGAGAGAACUUGUGCAGUGUGAUCAAGUGUUCAGGGUAAGCAUCUCUGUGUUCAGUUCACAACAUGCAGUGAAGGUGGAAGAUGAU